GUAUAUGGAAUCUGGGUCAGCUGUAGCUGGUUAGUGCACUUCUGCAUGUGAGAGUUGCAGUCUCUAAAAAACUUGUUUCUGUCUACUGGAAUAAAACACGCUGGAACAUUACUCUUUUUUUUAAGAUUAGUUAGCUUUGUUAUCGUAUGGAGAAACCCAAUUCCUCAACACAGUUUGGAUCUAACAGAGAAAGGCAAAAGCAGUUUUCAACUCCAACUGCAGAAUAACAAUCCACAGCAUCGGGUAAUAUAGGAAGAAAAAGUAACUCGGCCUCUGGAUUUUCCAUCUACCACAGAAGCAAAACAGCUGGAAGCUUUUUUCUUGUAGUCUCUCCUGACAGUCAUCACACUUGCUUCAAAAUGAAGAUAUUUAAAUGGACUUUGGGUGUACUGUUGUUCCUGCUGUUGUCUAUUGGGCGCUGUACAGAACCAUCCACAACCAAUAAAACAUCCCAACGCAGGUACCCUCGUUCAGCAGAGGGGGGAGGGGAAGGGAAGAAAUGUGGCUACACAUUCUUGGUCCCAGAACAGAAAAUCACAGGGCCAAUUUGUGUGAAUACUAAUGCACCAAGUACUGGUAACAGAAAAGAUGAAGUCACCAGAAUGGACAUAGAGAACUUGAAGGACGUCCUGUCCAAGCAAAAGCGGGAGAUCGAUAUUUUGCAGUUGGUGGUGGAUGUGGACGGAAACAUUGUGAAUGAAGUGAAAUUACUGAGGAAAGAAAGUCGUAACAUGAACUCUCGGGUCACCCAACUCUAUAUGCAACUCUUGCACGAGAUAAUUCGAAAGCGUGAUAACUCCCUGGAGCUUUCCCAACUGGAAAACAAAGUCCUCAACGUUACAACGGAAAUGUUGAAAAUGGCGACAAAAUACAAGGAGCUUGAAGUAAAAUAUGCAGCACUAACUGACCUUGUAAAUAAUCAGUCUGUGACCAUCUCGCUGCUGGAAGAGCAGUGCUUGAGAAUCUUCUCACGACAGGACACCCACGGGUCUCCACCUCUAGUUCAAGUUGUGCCCCAGCACAUUCCUAACAGCCAGCCAUACACGCCAGUUCUGCUGGGAGGUAACGAGAUACAGCGAGACCCGGGCUACCCCCGAGACAGGGAUGUAAGGCCACCACCUGAUCCAGCUACUUCUCCUACAAAGAGUCCUUUCAGAGUACCACCACUAGCUUUAAUCAAUGAGGGUCCAUUCAAAGACUGCCAACAAGCCAAGGAAGCUGGGCAUUCCAACAGUGGGAUUUAUAUGAUCAAACCUGAAAAUAGUAAUGAGCCGAUGCAACUAUGGUGUGAGAACAGCCUGGACCCUGGAGGAUGGGCAGUUAUUCAGAAGAGGACAGAUGGAUCUGUCAACUUCUUCAGGAACUGGGACAGUUACAAGAAAGGAUUUGGAAACAUCGACGGAGAGUACUGGCUGGGACUAGAAAAUAUUUACAUGCUUACUAAUCAGGAUAAUUACAGACUAUUAAUUGAGUUAGAGGACUGGAGCAACAAGAAAGUCUAUGCAGAAUACAGCAGCUUCCGCCUGGAGCCUGAAAGUGAGUUCUACAGGCUACGCCUGGGAACCUACCAAGGAAACGCUGGCGAUUCCAUGAUAUGGCACAACGGGAAGCAGUUCACAACACUGGAUAGAGACAGGGAUAUGUAUUCAGGAAACUGUGCUCAUUUUCACAAAGGCGGCUGGUGGUACAACGCGUGUGCCCACUCCAACCUGAAUGGGGUGUGGUACAGAGGAGGCCACUACAGGAGCAAGUACCAGGAUGGAAUAUUUUGGGCUGAGUACAGGGGAGGUUCCUACUCCUUGAAAGCAGUUCAAAUGAUGAUCAGACCUAUAGACUGAGGAGGAGAAUCCCACCGUGCUCAAAUGAUCACGUAUAAACUUCUUGGCGCUUGUGUUCAAGAAAAAUAAAAUAUUACUUUUUAAUCAUUAUUUUGCACAAUCUGCCCCUGCAAAAAGCAGGUCUACAGUUUUCCUGUCUUUUUUCCCCCCCUAUUGUGUUCCCCUUUCCUUUUUU